CGAAACAGUUUUAAAUAUUACUAGAAGAUACUAUCCUAGUCAAGUGCUAAACAAGUAUUUUGUUUUGAAGAGUAUGGGCACAACUGGAGUAGUAAUAUCAAUACUCUUUUUUUUAUUCUAAAUGACAUAGAUUUCUUAUGAACAAUUAAAACUUAAGACUUUCUCACAUUAUUUCUCACAGUCAACUGAGAAUUAUGUUCUCUCAUGUCCAGACAGAACAGGUGUAGAAGUAUUUGGGGGGGCGAUUUGGUAUGUUCUGCAUGUAUGUUUUUGUACGGUAGGUGGCGUUAUGAGUCUGUGUCGUCCCGCGUCACGUUACCUGCCAGACGGAAGAAUCAGCCAUUUCGAGCAAGUUGUGCGCUCUCUUGUAUUUGUGACAUUAAGGGAACGUUAACCAUUUUCCACGUCGUACAAAUCUUAAAGAAUACCAGACUUUAAUCUUAGUAAAUUCAAAAUUGUCUCAAUCAUUAUUUAGCCGUUUUUUAGUAAUUGUAGCUAUCAAUCUGGCUGGGUGCGGCUGAGAAACGACAACACGACCAGAUUUAUAUGGAUAUUUCUAGCUACGAUCUUCAUCAUUUUUAAGCUCCAGAAAUUACACAACUCUACAAUCAGUAUGGGCAUCGCGAAUUUGAUGUUUCCUGUCUUAUUAUUCGUGAACGGUGUAUUUGGUGUUGAGACAGAUCAAGUGGAGAUACGUGAAUUGAUGGAAGGAGAUUCUGUCAUUCUAGACACCAAGUGUAUUACCAAACUACACAAAGAUGACGAAAUAGUGUGGAAGUUUGGAUCUGUUGUCAUCGCUACAAUCAAGGCCAAUAAUCCCUUAUUAUAUGACACUAAUGAUGCAAGGUUCAAAGACAAACUACAAAUAAACGAUCAAACUGGGGACCUCACCAUCAGAAACACCAGAACCACACACUCUGGGUUUUAUGAAGUGAAGAUCACCAAUAUCACGCACACAACACACAGGAGAUUUAGUGUUACUGUCCUUGAUGCGAUUCCUACUAAAGUUUCAGUAACGGCAGGAGAGUCUGCCGUUUUACAGCAUAAUAUUGCUGAUAUACACAUUUAUGAUGUGAUAGAAUGGAUGUUUGAAGACGGAGAGACUCCCAUAGCUCAAAUCAACAAACAAAACAGUAAAUACCCCUCAUAUGAUGGAACUGACGAGAGAUUCAGAGACAGACUGCAGCUGGAUCAGACUGGAUCUCUGACCAUCACAAACACCAGAACCACAGACUCUGGACUUUAUAAACUAGAGGUGAAAGGAACAAACAUACCGACCAAAAACAGGAGCUUUCGUGUUACGGUUGACGAACCUGGUCUGUCCACAGGCAUUGUAGUGCUGAUAUGCGUGUGUGUAAUUGCGUUGAUCUUGGUGGUGGUUGGGAUUUGCUGUCGGAGACGAUGUCGAAAAGGCUAGUAUUAACUUUGCAUGCGUGGUAUUAACCAAAGUGAACAUAAAAGGAAUGAGGUACAGGAUCCAUUGAAAGGAAAGCAAUAGUUCAGUGCCUCUGUAACAUAAGCUGUGGAUGAAAUCAAACUAUGUGCUGCUGAGUUGUGAUAGAGAAUAUGCUUACAUGUGUUGUACAUUCACUGGAACAGAUUUGCACUACAUGCUGAUCAAUGAUCCUAUUACUGUAUGGUACACUUCUUUUUUACAUAUAAUUAUAAGAUAUCGUACCUGUUAUUGAUGCAAACAUAAUCAUGGUGGCUGGUGGGACUGUUGACUGCAGCUUUAAAAGUUUUAGGUGUAAAUUCUUUAGAUCACCUGACAUCAGCAGGUGUCAUUUAAAAAAAUAAUACAUUUUCCUUAUUGAUUGAUUCAUGCUUUAAAAGGGAUUAUAAAAGGAGAUAGAUGUUUUCCUACAUGUGCAAAAUACUUUAGAAAUAUAAGGGACACGCCUGUUUUUGUGGUAAUCUGCUCAUGCAUCUUUUAUUUUUAUUUUUUUAUAGUGUUAUGGAAACUUUGUGCCUCAUUUAAAAAAAAAAAAUAUAUAUGUUUUUGAGAUCUAUAUUUUACUGUUACACUGAUGCUAUGUUUACAUGGGGACAGAUUAUGAUAAACUGUUGUUCACUUUCGUCUAGUGAACAGUGAUUUGGGUGUUGAAUGUUUUCUGGUAUGUAGUCAUGUAAUUAUUAUUGUGAAAUUCAAGUUUUUUUUUUUUUAAAUCAACGAGAUUCAUAAGUAAUAUGAAUGCCAAAGUUAUUGCACUUAUUGUAAAUUCAUUGAAUUACUUUUUUUUUUUUUUUUCAUUUUUAUGUUGUUGGGCUGCUAGGUUAUUGGUUACUGAAAAUGUAUGCCUUUUUUUGUAUAUUGGGAAAUAUUUGGAAUA